AACGCUUGCUCUAAAAAAUUAUUUCAUUAAAAAAUUUAUGGACAUUUUAAAAUGUCAUAAAAAACAUUCAUCGCAGCAUUCCUCUCAUCCUACUAAAAUUACCUCUCAUUCUCCUUGUACGCUUGAAUCAUUAAAUAAAAUAUUAACUCAUAUUAAACCCAGUUACAAUGCUCAUAUCAAAAAUUAUUUUUCUGAACGCUUCUGCGGAGAUGAUUAUAAUGAAGUUUUUCCAAAUAUCUAUAUUGGAAACUACUCGAUUGCUAAAAAUAAAAAAGAAUUGUGCAAAUUAAGCGUCAGCUACGUUUUGAAUUGCGCUGAGCCGUCUCCCGUUCAUCAAUAUUUAGGCUGCGUCAAUACCAGUCAAGUUUUCUACGACGACGUGGGCAUAACUUACAUGGGAUUGCAAAUCGAUGAUACAUGGAAUUUUCCCCUCGUUAAUUUCCUAGAGAGAGGAUCAAAAUUUAUCGACUCCGCCCUUCAAAGCAAAGGCAAGAUUUUGGUCAAUUGCAUGAUGGGUAUGAGUAGAUCGACAUCAAUCGUUUUAGGAUACCUCAUGAAAUAUCAAGGUAUGACGAUAGACCAAGCUCUAACCGCGAUACGCAAAAAGAGGGAAGUGCAUCCUAACAUUGGAUUUCUACAGCAACUUAUAGCCUAUGAUUCCGAAUUAAGAAAGAGACGCAAAUAAUGUCAUUCCCUUUUUAUUUCACGCAUUCUAAGUCUAACAGGUGGCAACAUAUUCCCAAUUAUUAGAAACAAAUCGCCAAAAAAAAUUUUUUAAAUAAAUAUUAAUCUAUAAUCUAGUUGCUAAACGGCUCGUUUUGAACCCAUUUUUCAAAAACGGCUAACUCACUAUUUCACCCAGAAAAAUAUUACGCAAGCCUGAAGAUUUUGCUCAUAGAAAAAAACAAAGGUCUAGACAUUUAUUAUCGAAAUAUCGAGGCUUAGGUUUCUUGCUAAAAUAUUGAGUUAGCCGUUUUUAAAAAUCGGCUCAAACGAGCCGUUUAACAACGCUACUAUAAUCUCCUCUGUUAUUUAGAUUAAAUCACAUACAAAUAAUAUAUUUAUUUUUAUAUUGUGCAAUUUUUGAUAGAUAUUUAUUCAUAAUUCAAUAUAAUAUAUAUAUACUAUAUACUAUAUUAUGAAAUAAUGGGUCUUUAUAUUAUGUUUUU